AUGCCACCAGCUCAGCAACAGGUCCAAUAUGUGCAACAGCAGCCCUCGAACUUUGAGAAGUUCAAGAUGGGUAUGAUGAUGGGUGCCACUGUUGGUGUCGUUACCGGGUUUCUGUUUGGUGGAUUGUCUAUUCUCCAACAAGGACCAGGUCCAAACGGCGUGGUGAGAACCCUUGGCCAGUACAUUGCCGGUUCCGCAGCCACUUUUGGUUUGUUCAUGUCGAUUGGUUCUGUCAUCAGAUCGGAUGAUGGCGUUUCAGCCCAGUUUACUAGACCAAGAAACGUUGCCGAGCUCAGAGCCCAAAUGAUGGCCAGACACUAUGUCAACUUCAAGAGGGAGUAA